AUGAGAAUUGUGAUCCAGAACCAGCUUCAAAGCAGUCACUGGAUAACGGUAACGCGGCAGCAAGAGGUUACCGAUGCGAAUUGGCUUUCCAGAAGCAAGAUUAUGCAUUGCAAAAAGGUUGCUGCAUUGUCACUGUAUACAGCCAGCAGUUCACUUAUACGGCCAUCUGCGCUAAAUAUGGAGAAGAGAACGUUCGCAGGUACUCGAAUUUUGCCGGUUUGGAUUGAAGUGUGGCUUACGAUGUCUGCCAUAAUUUGCUUCAUGGAUGUGAUGUUCACGAUGCUCCGCCCACAUACUACAGAAGGCAUUCUGGCUGGCGUUUUCUACGGUUGGAAUCUCUACGCAAGUGUAGACGUCCGAUACGCCGACACAAAGGACAUCGUGACCUGCGCCACAGGACGUGUCAUGCUAGUCGAAAUAGCCAUGAAUGUGAUCGCCGUGUACAUGUCACACAAAAGAUCACGACAUGCUCUUCUGACUGCAUUCACAACCACGGCAUUCGUGUUCUGGAAGACUCUUUGGUUUCUAACCCUGUAUGUGCUGCCGCCACCCGGUAAUAAACCCUACUUUACUGAAGAUAGCUCCUAUAUCGACAUUUUUCUCAUAUUCUGGAUUCCGAAUGGGUUCUGGGUUCUCGUUCCUUUCGUGGUCAUGAUCUCACUGUGGAACAAAUUGGCUUUUCCGGUCGACGUUGUAGAGCAGUACAAAGCAGUUAGCACAGUCUGA